UUCCCUGUAGUAGCUGUCUCUUUGCCGCUUUACUGAUUACGUGCCACGGUGCCAGCCACAGUGACACGAGUCCAUGUUGCGAACACCUGUUCAAUUUCAAGCUCGUCUCCUCUCUCUCUCCAUGGCCCACGCUUCGCGUAGAGGUCUGCCCAAAAGCUUCACCAGACCCCAUGGACGCUCAAAUAUUCAAGUAGCUCAGAAACUUCAGGGUCGUGAGGAACUUACAUCGUUUAAACACAUACAUAAUGGCUUUAGGACCUUCUGUUCUGGCACAGAUUUAACAACCAAGAAGUGUGUAUCAUGUAAUGCAAGGGAUAUGAGACCUAUGACUGUGGAAGCAGCACAUAGUUUGAUUCCUCAGGUGCAGGGAUGGAACUUGGUGACAGAAGAUGGCAUGAUGAAGCUGCAGCGUACUUGGAAAGUUAAGACUUUCAUGAAAGGGAUGGAGUUCUUCAAACUUGUGGCUGAUGUAGCGGAAGCAGAAGGUCAUCAUCCAGAUCUACAUCUCGUGGCAUGGAAUAACGUGAAGAUUGAGAUAUGGACACAUGCUGUGGGUGGAUUAACUGAAAAUGAUUUCAUACUUGCUGCUAAGAUCAAUAGGCUUGAUCUGCGUCAACUCCUCAGCAGAAAAGUUGGGGAGUAACUUGAUGAGAAAGUUUAAUAAGAGGAAUAGAAAACCUCAUGUCAUGGCGGUAGGUCGCCUUUCCAACAGAAGAUCUUUGUCCGCCAGAGACAUCUAGUGGAUGGAGUUUUCGGGUUCUAAGUGAGCUUGAAGUGUUUUGGCUUCUUGACACUAUUGCUUUUGCUGGACUUUUGUGAUGGCGAAAUAAUUUUUGUUCCAUCUCUGACCUUCUUCAGCCUUUCAUUUUUAAAAAAAGAAAAAAAAAAGGUACUAUUCAACCUGUGUUA